UCUUUUCCUCUGCAGAACAGGAAGAGACGUCGGUUGGGAAUCACGAUGACUGAAGACAAAACGUAGAGCUUCGAAAGUGGGAACGGUAGUAGAUCCACGGAAAAUAUGCUUUUUAAAUUCAUGAGCUGCAUCUUUUUCAUAUCUCAAGGAAUCUUACGAGGGGUGUGGACGCUGCUUCCAGCGCCCGAGAAUGUCAUUGUCGUGUCGGAGAACCUGCACAGCGAGCUGCGCUGGAGACCAGUGCAGGGCAAUCACAUCAAAUACACAGUACAGUACCGAAUACAGCGGUCGGGUGGGGGAAGCAACAGUUACAGCGAGACAGAGUGGCAAGACAUUGAGACGUGCGAUCCCACAGCGGUUGAGAGGUGUAACUUCACCUCGGCCAUCAGGGCGGCCUUCAACGUGACCCUGCGGGUCCGAACCCAGGACGGAAACCAGACCUCGCCCUGGAGCCAUUCAAAGCUGUUCCAGGCCAUCAGCCAGACUCGCCUCGGUCCCCCGAAUGUGACACUGAACACGAAGCAUAAGCUACACGUGUACAUAACCGACCCCUUCCACAGGACCGACUUCGCCGACAACCUGCGGUACAGAGUCAGCUACUGGCCAGAGAACCAGAACUUGACGCGCUCUAUUGACACCCUGUCCCCGGGGGUCAUUGAUGACGUCAAGGUGGGAGUUAAAUACUGUGUGGAGGUGCGCUACCUCUACAACCACCAGCUCCGAAACAACGACAUCCCCAGCGCCCGACAAUGUGUCAAAAUUCCAGAGUCAGAGGAGUCGAGGAUGAUCCGGAUCUUGUGGGUUGUGGCAGUGGCAGUUGCUGUGGCUGGGGUGUUGAUGCUGGGGUGCGUCUAUGGGUUCAGCAAGGACAAACUGAAGCAGCUCCUGCAGCCUCCCCUGCAGCCGGCAGGCCACAUCCGCGAGUUUCUCAUGGAGGAAGAUCACUUCCUCCAUCUCACAGAGAGCAGCACCAGUACGUCCAGCUCAGACGAGUCUUUUGACAAGAUUUCCCUGGUGACCAUGAACAAGGAGGAAGAGGAGCAGGAGGACGUACCGUCAGAAUCUGGACAAACCUGAUCCUGGGAGAGUUCCAGCCCCUUCCUCUAAGAUCCACACUCCUGCUUCUUGGAGAAUGCCUC